AACCGUGAUGGGUUGCAGUAGUCCUGAGCAUUCCUACAAAACCUCCGAAGAGGCGGGUUCACGAAAUAUAGGGAAGGAGACUGCCUACACCCACCUCGUUGUAGUGACGCCAGAGAUCUAACCCUGGCGUGAGGCGUUCCCUCUCUUGCUCACUACUUGCUUUGCCAUGGAGCAUUCGGUGCCUUCUAAGGCCUCCACCCUGCGAAUCAGCCAAGCCAAGAAAAAGAAAGGUAGUUUUAAGCGAAGUAACAGAAAGGAUGCUCCCGUCGAUGUUCAUAAGGAUGUAAACAUCACUAAAUCUCAGGAUGCAGUUAUAGCGGAAAUUAGCGAGCAGUAUGUGGAGGAGGCCAGUACUGCAGAGGUGGGUAAACGAUCCGCAGUAAAAGUGAAGAUUGAGAAAGAUCCCCUAGUCGACCCUGCCAGUGUGCAGAUUGCCGUGGGAGUAGUUGGCGAUGUGCCUGCAGCCGUGCACGGAGACUUACCUUCGGAAAGGUUAAGCAACUUAAGUCAACGAGAUGGUAAUGAAAGCAGGGAGGCUUCCAAUGGGACUUGUCUCUACAGCAACGAUGAGAAGGAAGAAGCAGGUCCAUCGGCAGAAACCGUGUACCGAACCGCGGAUUUACCGGAAGUAUCUGGUUGCGGGGAGAAAAAUAAUGGCUCAAACGCGCGUCAAGCAGAGCAGCGUCCCGCGUUAUCCGGGAGCGUGGAUGUCCACAAGUCACCUCUGCCAGAGGAGUCUAAAUCUCUUUCCAAAAACGCUCUGAAAAAGCUUGCAAAGCAGGAGCGGAUGAGGCAAGCAAAGUUACAAAACAGGGCACAUGAGAAAGAGUUGCGACAUAAAGAAACAGAAAGAAAGCGCAGAGAGUGGCAGGAAAAGCUUGCGAAUCUUCCGGAAGAGGAGGUAAAAAAAGCACAAGAGGCAAGAAUGGAGUUGAGGGCUUCACGCAAGGAUGAACGCAAAGCACGAAAGGACAAGCUUGUUCAAGCCAUGACAGACGGACAGAAUAUCGUCAUUGACCUUGAGUUCGGCGAAAAGAUGAAACUCAACGAAGUGUCGAGUUUGUGUCAACAGAUAAUGUACUCCUAUGCUGCAAAUGGAAAGGCAGAAGUUCCUUGUCGUUUGUCAUUAACUGGAUGCAUUGGCGAUAUUCGGAAAAAUUUGGAAAAGCAUUCUGGAUUUGAGAAUUGGCUUCUGCAUAGGGAAGAGAAAUCCUAUAUAGAUGUCUUUGAGGACAGGAAAAAGGAUCUUGUAUAUUUGACAGCUGAUUCAGAGAAUGUUUUAGAGACUCUGGACAAGUCCAAAAUCUACAUUGUGGGUGGAUUGGUAGACCGCAAUCGAUGGAAAGGAAUCACUGCGGAAAAAGCUAAAAACCAAGGCAUUGCUACUGCCAAGCUUCCAAUCGGCGAACAUAUGAAGAUGCUAAGCUCUCAGGUCUUGACGGUCAAUCAGGUAGUUGACAUCUUAUUACAGUACAUGGAUGUGGGAGAUUGGGGGAAAGCUUUGUUUGCAGCCAUACCACCCCGGAAAAGAGGUGCUGAUGAGACGCUAGAGGGUGUGUCAAAGCAAACUAAAUAUGACUCAGACCAGAUGUGCUCAAAGAGAGGAGAUCCAUCCAUGGAUGCAUUGUCCGAGGCUGGAGACGAACCCAUGAAAUAGGAAGAGGAAUGGGAAAUGUAGAGUCAGCAUCACCAUCGGCCAGUUUAUCUUCUGUCGAAGGUUUUAAGAGUCACGAAUUUUGAUCAAAAUUUAGAAUUUAGAACUUUAUUCGUAAACCUUUUCCUGGAAGAUUUCGUGUGUGUUUCUACGCAGGGUCUACUAGAUUAAAACACAUCGGCAUAUAGCAUGCUACAGAAGAUGAUGACAUGCUUCUUAACAUCCGUAAUGACGUUUUAGGACCCUGGAAGCGCUGAGCUUACCAAUUUGGCAUUGUAAUCAAAUCUAUCUGUUAUUCUUUUCC